AUGACUUCUCCGUUGCUCAUGCUUCCUAGUGAUAAAAAAGAAGAAGCUGAUGCUUGCCGCUUCUUCAGUGCUGCCGAGAAUAAGAUUUAUAAGAUCAACAAUGUGUUUGACGGGUUUCAUGGUGCUCGGUGCGUGGGAUCAUCACAUGGGUGGUUGGUGAUUUUGGACAAAGAAACAAACCCACAUCUUCUUAAUCCGUUUUCAGGAGCUAAAGUCCAACUUCCAUUGAUCAACACUUCAAUACCAUAUCAAGAGCUACAAAUGUUUGGGACAUCACCCUACUUUGUCAGAAUUCUGGGAAAGUUUUGUAUCUCUAAAGCCAUCCUAAUGUCCUCCUAUCUAUGUUUAUCUGACGUAAGUAGAGGCAAGAGCUUUUGUGUUGUGGUGAUAUAUGGACCAUCGUCACAAAGACUUGCAUUCUGUAUGUCUGGAGACAGCACAUGGACUCGCUUUGGUGGUUACGAUCAUGACUAUCUGGACAUAAUAUGCCACAAGGCACAUGCUCGCUUUCUAGAUAAAAAUGCUUUUCUGAUCGAAUCAGAGGGAGAGCUUUUGUUUGUCAUAAUGUUACUAAGUGAACGUGAUAAGAGGGUUGGCAAAGAGUAUUUGAAUUACAGGACAAUUCGAGAAUUUGCUAUCUAUAAACUGGAUUAUAGUGGAAAAAUAUGGAUACCUGUGGAAACCUUGAGCGACCAAGCUCUUUUUAUUAGUAAAAACGACUCUACGUCGUUAUCAACCCGAAAUUUUCCAACAUUGAGAGAAAAUUCAAUAUAUUUCAUAAAUAGCGUGAACUAUAACAUGAUUGGUAGAUACAAAGUUGGAACCUUCAACUUCAAAGAAAAGAAAUUAGUUGAUGAGGCUGAAGAAAAUAAGUAUUUUGGUUUCAUUUAUUCGCCACUGUAUUGGGUUGCUCCUAAUUCAAGGUAA